GCUUUAUCCUCCAAUGCUUCCAACUUCAGAAACCAAUAACUCUCUGAAGACAAAAGCUUCUAGGAAAAAGAAGAUGGGGCGAUAAAGGGAGAGGCGGAAAACGGAGUGCAUAACGAAAGGAUGAUGGGAGGGACGGGAGACAAAGUGUACCUGGGGUGUGAAGUGGUGGAAAGGUCUUACUUAAUUCUUCAUUUCAGAGACCGCUCAGAGACUGAAUUCGAAGUAUAACCUACCUUCUCCCCAUUUAAGAUUUGAACUUUCCGCCUCAGUUUAGGGCUUCAUUUAACUUCGAGACUUUGCUUUUGGCCAGUGAGCAGCAAGGGUAGGGCAUUAGGACCCAGCGAUUGUUGUAGUGAGAGGUUGAAUCUCGAUCUCUCAAUUUUUCUCUGGAGCUCCCUCCUCUCCCUUUGUCAUUCUAGCUGCCUGCUGCUUCCGCAGCGUUCCUUUCCUUCUCUCUGUGCUAACUGCCCGCACCUCAGGCAGACGGGGUGCGCAAAGCAGAGGGUUAGUUGGGACCUGCCUUGGUGACCCCAUGGCAUCCCCCAGAACCGUAACUAUCGUGGCCCUCUCAGUGGCCCUGGGACUCUUCUUUGUUUUCAUGGGGACUAUCAAGUUGACCCCUAGGCUCAGCAAGGAUGCCUACAAUGAGAUGAAACGUGCUUACAAGAGCUAUGUGCGAGCCCUUCCUCUGCUGAAGAAAAUGGGGAUCAAUUCCAUUCUUCUCCGCAAAAGCAUUGGAGUUCUUGAGGUGGCCUGUGGCAUCGUCAUGACCCUUGUGCCUGGGCGUCCCAAGGAUGUGGCCAACUUCUUCCUACUCUUGCUGGUGUUAGCUGUGCUCUUCUUUCACCAGCUGGUGGGUGAUCCUCUCAAACGCUAUGCUCAUGCCCUGGUGUUUGGAAUCCUGCUCACCUGCCGCCUGCUGAUUGCCCGCAAGCCUGAAGACCGGUCUUCUGAGAAGAAGCCCUUGUCAGGGAAUGCUGAGGAGCAGCCCUCUUUAUAUGAGAAGGCUCCCCAGGGCAAAAUGAAGGUGUCAUAGGAAAAUGGAAGUGCAAAAAUGGACCUUUCAGGCAGUUGCCUCCAUGACACCCAGGAAGAUGUCAGUGUGUGUUUCUCACUUGAUUUAUCUAUCUUGGGGGGAAGGGAAAAAUAUAACCUGCAAGUUAAUGACCAUGUUGGCUUGUGUACAUCUAUACCAUAAAAUGACCUCCCCUACCUAGAUAUAUGUGCAUCACCUUUAAUCACUCUGGGGCGACUCUCACAUCUUGCUGCAUGUAAAUGUAUAUGGCUACUGUUGAAAUGUAUUUGUGAAAUGGACUCCAGCAAGCAUGUGAUUGUAAGACAAUGUGUGGGAAUAUGUAUUUAACUACUGUGUGUGUAUGCACGCAUGGAUGGAUGAGAAGGCUCUGGUCUUGAACUAAUCCUGCACAGGUAUCCUUCCCUUUAUACAUUGAUUCCAGCAAAGGCAGAGUAAGAUAAACCUCCUACAAAGAGAGCCCUAAUUACUUCUGGUGUAAAGUAAGUGAUAUAUUCCCAUGGAGGGAAAGUCCCUUGACAGAUUAUGCUGAAAACUUAAACUCACCACUUUAGAAAAAAGUUCCUUCAAUUUGAGACAUUGAGUUAUAUGUAAAAUUAAUUAGGCUCUACGUCAGGUUGUUCAAAGUUUAAAUACCCCACAUUGAGCUUAAUUAAAACAAGGGAUACAUGCAGUCAAGAGAUAGUCUAAUUUUUUACGUGAUAAACUAAGAAGUUUCUCCUUGUCUUGGUCCAAACCCAAGCUACUAAGCCCUUUUACUUAAAGUUUGAAACUGAAGCAGUCAACUUGUUAUCAUACAUCUUUUUCAAAUUUUCUCAAGCCAAAGGUGGCCUUACUUCCACUAUUCUCAGCAGCUAACCAGGAUUUGACACCUACUCCCCUGUUGUGGUUGAGGGAGCAGGGAUUAGUCCUGCUAGAAAACCGUGAGUCUCAAACCCCAGCUGUUCUCUUGAAUCAUCUGAAAUUUGAUAGAGGAACUGUAUCAAGUGUUUCCUGGCCAAACAGAUUCACUACUUCUAUUGAUUCUUCACUGAAACUUCCUAGCGCAAGCAGAGUUCCAGCUCAGCCCUAGGGUUGUCUCCUCUACACCUCUCUAUUGUUCCGGUGGAGGGAGUUCCGGUGGGGAAGGACGUUUGAUAAGGGUUAGUUGGAUUGAGCAGUAUGAAUAUUUGCUUUCUUUGUUACAUACUGCUGCUUCUCCUUGUUAGAUGUGCUUUGAUGGUUUUAAUAUUAGUGUGCCAGGGGUGGGGACAUGGGUGGGGGGGUGUGUGUGGGGAGAUUAUGAAUUACUGUAUUUUCUUCAAUGUCAAUUGUUCUUGGUAAUUGAUACCUCUCUUUUAUUUCUCUUAUUCUUUCAAAAUAAAAAUUUUUGAAAUUUGGAGGAAACUGUCUGGACAAAAACUUAAAAUCUGGAAAGAAAGAGUUGUAACAAAGGAUUCAGUCUCUCACUCUCUUUAAGUCUGGGUAAGGGAGGAAAAGAGUAGGGGAAGAUAAUCGCCUAAUAUACUAAUAAGGUUAUUAACUUUCUUAUCUUAUUUACAUUUCCUACACUUCUGUCAUGUCAUCACAUAAAACAAAAAAGCCAUAGAUUUGAGAUCGCAAUACAAUUUCUAGGUUUGAGGAGUUCUGUUUCAUCAGGUGAUGCCAAGGGAAGGUAGAGAAAUAAUUUCUGAAAAAAUUGCAGGUACAUUAAAGUGAACCGCUGUCUCACUAUAUAUGUGUCCUCAAAGUGGCACAACUUACACUUGCACUGCCACGAAUUUAUUACAUUAGACAAGUUAUUUCACCACUCAGGGCCCCAGUUUCAUCAUCUACAAAAACGGAGGGGAGGGAGGUUGAAACCUUAAAAUCCCUUCCAAUUUACAUUUCUUUGAAUCUAUGACAUGAUUAAAAACGUGAAAAAUGACUCUAGAGAAAGUUUGUUUUAUUAGAUGAGGAAGAACAGCUAUUGUUGAAAUAUUUGAAUGGCCAACAUUGUCUCAAUUUUCAUGCAUGAUUAAGAGUACAUGAAAGUACUCUGAAAACUCUGAAAAUCUUAAGAUGUGGUAAACAGUCAUUUCUACUGUAGGCUUUUUCAAAUACAUCAGUUUAAUCUUUAGUUUUUCAUCUCUCCUGUUAAAAAUAAUCGACUCAAGGAAAUUGAACCACAAGGUUUUUUCCAAGCAGUCAUUCUAUAUGCAUGCAGGGAGAAUUUCUCCUUUCUAAAAACAAGUGGCUCAAAGUAGGCUGGAUACAAUUGUUCAAAAUAAACCUUUGGGUUAGCUCAAAACAAUAAUAUUUGAUUGUUUCACGGUUUAAUAAACAAUUUGCAAAUUAGAAGAGCACCAGUCUCCCCUGUAUGUCGGAUACGAAGAAAAAGAAUGUUCAGAGGACUGGAGAUUUUGCAGAAGGUUAAAUAUUUUUUUCU